AAAUUCUGUUCGCUAUUCUCGGCAACCUUAUUUCUUGUUCGUUCCCUCCUGUUCUGUUUCUGCAUCAGUUUGUCAACAAUCUGACGUGUAAAAGUGUAUCCCAAAAAUAUAGGUAUCUUUGUUUUUUCUCAGAGUAGGCAUCACAAUGGUUGGUGCAGGAGGAACCGACGAUGUUGACUCAAGCAUAAGGGCACAGCUGGAAGAUGAGGUGAUACAGGAAGCUCUCACAUCAGGCACAGACCUAAGGCAGUACUCUCAGUCUGUUGAAAAGGACCUCAGACAGCUGGAGAACUUAAGUAUCCAAGAUUAUAUUGACAAAGCACAAAAUAUAGCUGCGCUCCAUCAUCAGAUAACAGAAUGUGACUCUAUACUGGAAAAUAUGCAGGGAAUGCUAGAAGGUUUUCUGACCCAUUUGUCAACAAUUAGUCAAGAAAUCCAGUCUUUGCAAGAACAAUCAGCUUCCAUUAAUGUCCAGCUUACAAACAGGAAGCAGGUUCAUUCUGAAGUAUCUGCAUUCAUUGAUCAGUUGAUGGUCCCUGAGGUGAUGAUACAUCACAUCUUGAACACUCCUGUGACUGAUGAGCACUUUAUGGAACAACUGAAGGCACUGAAUCAGAAGAGCAAAUUUAUUAAGGAACAAAACUUUAGAGAUGCUCAUUCAUGUCAAGAUGUACAAGAUAUUGUUGAUAAACUAACAGUCAAAGCAGUAAGCAAGAUUCGAGAGUAUUUGCUGCAGAAGGUGUACCAGUUUCGCAAACCUUUGUCUAACUACCAGAUACCUCAGAAUGCUAUGAUCAAACACAAGUUCUUCUUUGAGUUUCUUCUCCUGCAUGCAAGAACAAUAGCUGCAGAAAUUCAUGAUGAGUAUGUUGAAACAAUGAGUAAAGUGUAUAGCUCAUACUUCCAGUCAUAUACAAAGCAGCUAUGGAAGUUGCAGUAUGAGGAAGGAGUGACUCGUGAUGACCUUAUGGGUGUGGAGGAUUCACGUGCAAACAGUUUUUUUACAAAGAGUUUAAAGAGUCGUGGUACAGUUUUCACUCUGGGAACUAGAGACUCGGUACUUUCUCCAACAGGGCUUACACAGGACAUUAUUGUGCCACACACCGCUAGCAAGGGUGAAGCAAAGUAUCCUUUUGAAGUACUCUUCAGAAGUCAGCAAUAUGUCUUAAUGGAUAAUGGGUGCCGGGAAUACAUUUUCCUCACAGAGUUCUUCAUGGUGCGAGAUAGUGAUGCUCAAAAACUUUUCUUAACUGUCAUGGGCAAGACACUACAACAUGUCCAGAAAGAAGUAUGUGGAGUAGUAAUGGGCUGCUAUGACUCAAUAGCGUUAUAUCUGUGUGUCCAUUUGAUACAUCAGUACCGCCUUCUGUGUCAUAAGCGAGCUGUGCCAGCAUUGGAUAAUCACUGGGAACAGUUACUUCACAUGAUAUGGCCAAGGUUUGAAUAUGUUGUGAAGACAAAUAUCCAAAGUAUCCAGGAAUGUGAUCCCUCCAAAAUGCCAUCACUAGAUAUGAGGCCACAUUAUAUAACCCGAAGAUAUGCAGAGUUUAGUGGAGCUGUUAUGGUAUUACAUGAGAAGUUUCCUCUGGAAGGUGUUGAUACCCUCAUGCUACAGCUUCAGGAUGAAGUAGAAAAGGUCAUUCUGAAGAUGGCAGCAGUGUUUCAUCAUCGUAAAGACCAGCUGAUUUUCCUGAUUAAUAAUUAUGAUAUGAUGCUAUCAGUGUUGUCUGAAAAGACCCGAGAGGACAGUCGUGAGUGUGAGCGCCUGAAGGAGCUGUUGGGUCAGCGUACAGGAGAGUACAUAGAGGAAGUCCUUGCUCCACAUUUUGGGGGCAUGUUGACUUUUGUAAGGGAGACAGAUCACCUUAUUGCCAACAAUAACAUUGAUGCCUUAAAAGACUAUGAAAAAAAAGUAGUGCCACUUGUCAGGUCCUUUUCAUCUACAUGGCGAAAAUCAGUGGAACGACUGAAUAAUGAAGUCAUGCAGUGUUUCACAAAUUUCCGUACUGGGACUGUUGUGCUGCAGCGAGCACUGGAGACUCUUAUUACUGCUCAUCAUACUUUCAAUAGAAUCCUUGCACAUCAAGCAUUCCAGCACUUGAAUAUUAAAGGUGACAUUGUAAAUUCUCACCACUUGAUUGUAGAAGCAAAGAAAUAUAAGCCUACAUUUUAGGCUAUGAGCAAAUAUUGUAAACAUGGUGUGACAGACAACAUAGAGACAUGUAAUACUUUUACCACUUUUCUGUGUUCCUUCUUUCAAGAAUUCAUAAAGUUUAAAUGCAAGUAAGGUUGUUCCUGACUCAGUGCAUUGUCAUACUUGUGCAUACUCUAAGUCAAACAACUGACAAUCAUUUUGGUCAUGUAAUACCCACAUACUUUUUUUCUUAAUAGCAGACCCUAUCACGGGGUUCUGUGGUAAGUCUGCAUUUGUAAAAAGCAAAGUGUAUAUGUUAACCCACAAAAAAGCAGAUUUUCCCAAGCAAUGACAUUGUGAUCACCUAAAUAAACGGUUGACAUGAUAAUCUCAAUUGGAUGGUGUGUUUGUAAAUAUUAAAUUUUUAGUCAUCUAGCUUUAGCAUUUCUUGGAGGAUAAAGAAAUAUUUAUGAAAUGGGCUUGUAAAAUAAGAUUCUAAAAAUGACAUUCCAAAUUAUACUGAGAAAUAUUAUAUUUAUUAUUACUGCAUAUCAUUAUCCCGAAUAUUCCUAACCCACUGAUGCCAGAAUGGCAAAAAUAUGUCAUGUCCCCUUUUUUAUUUUUUAAUAUGGCUCUAUAAGUGCUCUAUCAUCAAGAGGUCAGUCACUAGUCCUACCCAUCUCAACUGUUUACCCAUUUUCUUGAUUUUUGGAAAGAUUUGUUUUAACAUUUUAUUACUACUAGUAUUAUUACUGACACUAUGAUAAUAAUAAUAACCAUAUCAAGAUUAAUUAGAAAAAAUAUACAUUUCUCUGGAAAACUCAGGGUCACACAGGCUUCUUGGUGACUAAGCCUUUGUAGAAUCAUGUGCAAACUAAGCUCAUGAAAGAAAACCAAUAUCAACAUAUAUAGGGUAACAUUGGGUUAAGAAAUAAUUUUAUCAGUCGAGUAUUUAUAAUACAAUUGUUAAUACUUGAAUAAACUAUAUAUUGAUCAAUA